GACGCCUGCGCAGUGUGACCGGGAUGGCGCAUUUUCUUGCACCGAGUAAUGCGGCGUCGCUGGUGGUUGAGGAGGGCGGAGAGUUCUGUGGUGAAAUAGAGGGAGGGAUUCAUGGAAGCCUCAGGAGGAGCCUUGUCCUGAACUAUAAGGUGGGAAGUUGAUACAGGAUACUGCUACUCCUGGGCCCGCGGCGUGAAAGUUGUGAUAUCAUCCUCGAACCAUCAACUUUGAAAUUUAAAAACGAUGGAGAAGACUCAAGAAACAGUCCAAAGAAUUCUUCUAGAACCCUACAAGUACUUACUUCAGUUACCAGGUAAACAAGUAAGAACCAAACUUUCACAGGCAUUUAAUCAUUGGCUAAAAGUUCCAGAAGACAAGCUACAGAUUAUCAUCGAAGUGACGGAAAUGUUACAUAAUGCCAGUUUACUCAUCGAUGAUAUCGAAGACAACUCAAAACUCCGACGUGGCUUUCCAGUGGCACACAGCAUCUAUGGAAUUCCAUCUGUCAUCAAUUCUGCCAAUUAUGUGUAUUUUCUUGGCCUAGAGAAAGUCUUAACCCUUGAUCACCCAGAUGCAGUAAAGCUUUUUACCCGUCAGCUUUUAGAACUACAUCAGGGCCAAGGCCUAGAUAUCUAUUGGAGGGAUAAUUACACUUGUCCCACUGAAGAGGAAUAUAAAGCUAUGGUGCUGCAAAAGACAGGUGGACUAUUUGGAUUAGCAGUAGGCCUCAUGCAGUUGUUCUCUGAUUACAAAGAAGAUUUAAAGCCACUACUUAACACACUUGGGCUCUUUUUCCAAAUUAGGGAUGAUUAUGCUAAUCUACACUCCAAAGAAUAUAGUGAAAACAAAAGCUUUUGUGAAGAUCUAACAGAGGGAAAGUUCUCAUUCCCUACUAUUCAUGCUAUUUGGUCCAGGCCUGAAAGCACUCAGGUGCAGAAUAUCUUGCGCCAGAGAACUGAAAACAUAGAUAUUAAAAAAUACUGCGUACAUUAUCUUGAGAAUGUAGGUUCUUUUGAAUACACUAGGAAUACUCUUAAAGAGCUUGAAUCUAAAGCCUAUAAACAAAUUGAUGCACGCGGUGGGAACCCUGAGCUAGUAGCUCUAAUAAAACACUUAAGUAAAAUGUUCAAAGACGAGAAUGAAUAGUAUUAAGCCAGUCUUGAUUAGGCCUGAAAAAAUUAGACUUUUAUUUCUUUCAUUUUUUUUUUCUGUUUUUUAGCCUAUUACUUUUUUAAAAAUUUGGACCAAGCUGUUAGGCUCCAAAAAAUGAGUGGAGUGGUAAUGAUGUGAGUAAUGUUGUAUCAAUUCAGAAUCCCUGUGUACAGAUAAUCAUCAUAUUACAAAGUUGAAGGAAUCAAAAGGAGCCACAUUUAAAUAGGUCUAAUUUGACUGUCAGAAUGUGCUAUGUUAGGACCUUGUGGCCAACUCAGACAUGAAUGUUCUAUCAAUUCUAUCAAUAAAGACUUCAGUAAAGCUUUUUACCACAUACUUCCUAAAUGAGCUGUACAGGCAGUUCCCAGUUCAUCUACCCCAGUUCCAAGCCAGCGACUACUUGGGACCAGUUUCUGUGGCUAGCUGGCCCAAAGACCACAGGAACUCCUCUUUCUUCCUAAAUGUUGCUUAGAAUAGCUCAUUCUUGGAGUUCCCAUUGUCGUGCAGUGGGUUAAGAAUCUGACAGCAACACCUUGGGUGCUCAGGUACAGGUUCAAUCCCCAUCCUGGUGCAGUGGGUUAAGGGAUCUGGUGUUGCCACACCUGCAACAUAGGUUGUGGCUGCAGUGCAGAUUCAGUCCCUGGCCUGGGAACUUCCGUGUGCCCUGCGUGCAGCCGUUUAAGAAAAAAAGCUAGCCCAUUCUCUUCCCCCGCCCACAGGAAACUUGUAUACUGAAGGCUUUCAGGAAAAAGCUGUAAAUGACAAGCCUUCUGGUCCUUUUUUUCAACUCCAUUUUCCCCUUCCUCCCUACCCAGCAAACUGCUCUUUAACCAAGGAGUUGCCUCUGAAUGAAAUUUACACACUAGCCCAAAUUCUUUGUUCCUUUUAAUGUAUCUAGUGCCUCAAAACUAAUCUGGGUAUAGCAGUAUCUUUCCAAUUUGGAAGAAAAAAGUUACAUAGACAAUUUUAAGAAGGAGCCUUUAAACCUUUUUACAUUUUCUCAUAAUUAGUAGUUAAAAAAAAAAUCAUCAAAGACCUGUUUGCUUACCUCCAGUACAAAAGCAGGGAGAACUGCCCUUUUCCUUCCCACCCACAUCAUUAACCCCCUGAAGGCAGUUGGUGCUUGAGUAGAAAGAGAAGUAGGCAUCUUUAAUCUCUAUGAUUAAAGGAAAGAAAUGUGUUAACCUGGGAGCUUGUGAAUGACUGAAAAGUAGCCGAAGGCUACACUCUUGGACACAAUUAGCUUUAUAGUGCCUUGACCCUGACUCUCUAAUCCUUUUGUUUCAUUUCAAGCCCUAAGCCCCUGGAGCCAUCUGUGACCUAAGAAGUAAGAAAAAAAAGAGCCCCUGAUUUCUGUAUUAAAAGUGUUGCUGACAUCCCAAAA